AUGUUACCAAAGAAAAAACCCCUCUCAGAUACUCUGAAACAGGAUUAUAUACCUCCAGAAAACUGUAUUGAAGCAAAAUCUUUUCAUUCUGUACCAGCAAUUAAUUAAGUAAAUAGUGAAAACCAUAAGUUUUUAUAACAUAUAAUAAAUACAUCAAAUAAUACGCUUGAAGGUGUUUAAGGAUAAAUGUAGAUUUAAUUCGAAAAUGAUCAGAAUACAUAUGUUGGCAGUGGUACAUUAUGUAUUUUUGGACAAGGUUUCAAAAGUAAUAAAUAUUUUCUCCUAACUUGUGCUCACAAUUUAGUAGAUUUAAGUGAAAAUCACCAAACCAUUAAAUAUGCGAAUAAAAUAACCUAUUAUUAUUCCAGAAGAAACUACAAAACAUAUUUUUGCAGAUUAUUGGCUGAAAAUUUUGUUUUACAUCCUGGAUAUUUCUUUAACAAUAAAAUGGAUGAUGGAUUUGAUUUAUCUUUAGUAAAACUUACUAAAUAAUAAAUAAUGAAAGAUGCUCCUGUUAGCACUAAUUCUUUUUGGGGAAUACCUUUAGAGGAAAGUGGAGCAACUUAAGGUUCUGUAAUUAAAAUUAUUGGUUAUCCAUCCAGUGCUUCAGGUGAAUUGUAUUCUAUUGAUGGAAUAAUAAAGGAAAUUAAUUUUCAUGAUGAUGGAUAGGCUUUAAUACUUUACGAUAUCUUAAGUGCAUGUCCUGGAUAAGAUGGUUCACCAGUAUAUUUAAAAAUGGGAGAUAAUCACUGGACCAUAGUUGGUGUUCAUCUCGGUUAUAGCUUGACAAAAAAUAGUUUCAUAGGAACUGGCUUAACAAAAAAUAUACACAAAUGGAUUAAUAAACAAUAAUAAAUAUUAUGA